AUGGAUGACCUGCCCAUGAACCACAGAAAAAGAAAGGCCGACAACGAUGACCGCCGCCAGGAUACUUCGUCCUCGGGUUUGCCUGAUACCAUACUGCCCGAUUCUACUCCUAUCGCGAACGCUGGGCCAUCUAAUGCGCCGCGCCAGCCAUGGAUAACCUCCGAGACCGACAACUCUCUUUGGACAUCGCCCACCUCCCCGCAGGUGUCCAGUCCGCUUUCUUCACAGGUUCUUCUGGACGACUAUCCAACAAAACGCCCUCGGCUCGAAAAACUAGAUUUACCCAUUCGCAAUGGUACAAGGCGACUACCGCGGAUCCGGACUGCCAGCAAAAGUGCCCCUUACCGGUUGCCUAUGGGCAGGCAUGGUAGCGAUAUUGAGGACAUCGGUAUUGUGUCAACAGCUGACCCUGGGCCGUCUAGCGGUUCUUUGUUGCGCGUACGCACCACCUCUUCCCCCGAGUCGUGCAAACACCCCUUCAGACCCAUAAUACCCAUUGACCCCAAUUCGAUCCACAUACCUCCGCGUCAACCCCUGAUCAACCGCCAUACAUUGAAAGAGCUAGACUUAGAUGCUAUCCUGCGUAACCCUCAACUUCGCCAUGAUCUUUUGUUUGACCCUGGUCUACAAUUUCGACCAACGUGUAGCCGAAGAAAGCGCGACCUCGCCGAAAAAUAUUGGGCCGCAGUUAUGCGAGAAGUAGAAACCGGUUGCACCUGUGUUACAUUUGAUUCGCAGGGAAACCCACAUCGCUUGGCAUGCGUUUGUGCUCAGACGCCCACCUCGCCCAAGCAUCCAGUUUUUUCUCAACUGUCAGCCAAAGUUUACACACUGCGGAUGCCGUCCCGGAUUCUUACCCUCCUGUGUGAAUUCCUUGAAGUCCUCCUCCUCGUUAUCCAGCCGCUUUCUAAAAUAUCUGGCAUCUACGUGAAUCCAAACACAUUCAAAGCACAGAUGCAGGAACAUACUGCUCAAGCGGCCUACAUACGAUCAAUCUUUGAUCCAGUUCUUAUCGAGCAGGAGCUCAAGCGUGGUCUGUUUGACCCCUCAGGCUUGUUCCGCGCUAUCGGCACAACGUUGAAAGGACACUGUGCGCCAAUGAGGGACUCUGCCGUCGAGUCGAUGGUCCAAGCCGCUCACACUUGCGUUAAAAAUGGCAACAGUGGUACCAACGCGGUGAAAGCGUUAAGAAUGUGCAUGGAAAUUCUGGAAUUGAUGAAGCUUGAUAUCGCGAACCAUCAAUUGCAAACCUUACGGCCAUUCCUGAUCCGAACUUCAGGGCAAUACGAACUCAAGACAUUAAAAAACCGGCACGGUUCCAUUCGUGUGACGCAAGAAUGGCUUCAUGCCGCUCAUACUGCGAUGCUCACACGCAACCAACCAAUCUCCCACCCGCUAUACCCCCCUGAAUACCUCAAACCCUCCGCUUUGUCCGGGAACCAGCAAUUAUAUCUUGCCACCCUGAAAGGAAUAGUCGACUUAGUUUUCGACUCACCACUGUCCAACUCCACGUCAGCAACACCCACGAAUACACCUCUCUGCUCGCCGAUUACAGCGCCAACGCAACCUCAGCUGACUUCAUUUCCCGAAACUCUCUAUCUUGACACCUCCCGCAUCCAGCUUCUGAGUUCGGAUGCAAUCGACGCCACGGCCUUGUAUAUGUUCCUACUCCUCUACCGCCAGUUGAUCUUCUCCGAAUCGACCGAUGCAGCAGCAUCCGACCCGCCGAAAGUCAACGAUUCUGACAUCGCACGGCUGAAGCGUGAGAUCCGGGACAUUGGCACUACACGUCUCGGGUGCUGUUUUACCCGACAAGCUCUAGAUCAUAUGGAAAGCAAAGUUGGUAACAAGGAAGCCGAACGAUGGCGCAUCGUCAAGCAGGACAUUGUGUUACAGGUGGCCAAACGAGCCAAUGAUGCUCGUAAUCGGACCGCCCUGUCCACAUCGGCGCCCUCUUCCCCUGUUGGUGACGCUCCUGACGAGCGGGUAUUGAAUGUUGCUCAGUGUUGGGCAGAGUUGAAUAUGCAGGAGGGCUCUUCAUUGAGCACCAUGCUGCAUAGCCGCUUGCGUGACGUCGUUUUCACUGCGGUGGUAGCUUUGGCUUACCCCAGCCGUGACUCUGCGACCGGAAAAACCAUGCUUACUGCCGAUUUCUUGUCAUCUCUUUCCCCUAAGUCAGCGGAAGGCGCAUCUGCAUGGAUGAUGUCUGGUAUGGAGCCCUUGGCCAAUGAAAUACGUUCACUCUCAGAGAAAAUUUCUCGUCUUGCUCUUAUUCACCUCAACGCCUAUCUUCCGCUUUACGAGAAGGAGGCUUUCUUGUCGCAAUGA